AUCAUGCCUGAAAUGAUAUCGCAUUUUAUUUACAUCACUGCAUCAAGAGGAGUCAUUCACUGACACUUGAUGAUGGAGCCCGAAUACGUGCUACGCCGACCCACUGUGCGAGAGAGGACCAUCAAAGUCAUCCACUUAAGUGCACGCUUCUGCGUCAUUGCGUUGUGCAUUGGUUUACUAUGCACUAUUUUGCAAAAUUCCGAACGGAGAUAUGAAGAGCACGAUGAUGCCCAGGUGUACACUGCAACAGAAACAGUUGAUAAAACAAGACUUGAAAUCACCGUCUGCCCAUUCCCAGCAAUUGAACCAUCGAAGAUAUUGAAUUUUGGUCGCUAUUACAAGAUCGCUACCAAUGUCGAUUUUAACACAUUUGAUAUGGAAAAUUCACUUUCUGGCGAUGAUUUAAAGCUCGCAGUUUCAUGCCUUGAAAAGAAUCACUUUGUGCAUGAGAAAGAUACAUUCUUGCAUAAAAUGGAAUUUCUCCGGAACAAUUGGAAUAACACGACGUGCUCACAUAUCGCGCCGGAUAAAGCUAUUGAAGGAUACACAUUUAGGAAAACAUUUAACGGAUUCUCAUUUUUCGGUCUCUCGGAAGAAAUGCAAAUAGACGAAUUCGAUGCAGUUUACAGACAUAUUGACCUAUUGCGAUAUGACAAUACCACCGUACAAGAGCUCUUGGAGUUUUCGGCUCAAGACCUACACAAGCUGAUGAUAUCGGAUUUUGGACAAAAUAAUCAAGGUAAUUUCAGCAGCCCGUCACAAAAAAUUACAGUGCAAAGUAAAGUCUUAAGUUUUGGACCAAACUGCCGAAGAUAUAUCCAAUCCAAGAGUCAUAAAAUACUGCAUCAACGGUACCAACUGAAGCUUAUUUUGAGAAGGACAACAGAGAGCUACUUGUUGGUGUUCAUCAAUACGUUUCAAGAAUUUAGUGAUCUGCCGGUUGCUUCCAUAUUACGCCCUUAUCGGAUUCCAAUGGACAAAGACACUGUUCUCCACAUUCGCAGAAUUGAGAAGACAACACAAGAUGGGGAAUGUAGAUCAUAUGGACGUAACGAAUCUAGGGCUAAAUGCGUAGAAUUAUGCCUUUUGAAGGAGAUGGUCAACCAUGAAGAUUCGGUCUGUGUGGUGCCCUGGAUGAAGAGGGAUGGCGUUUACGAGGAUAUACGAAAGAAGAAAUUAUGCGAUUCCCUUGAAAAUGUCCAGAAAUCGGUCAAUAUUACCAAGCAAGUACUCUAUGGAAACACAUCGAAAUGCCGUCACGCAUGUCUUGCGCAAUGCGAACAGCACACCAUUUUGAUGAAAGUGAUGGGUGUCGUAAACCAUGUUCCGUCGGCUCAGCUUACACACACUUUGACAAUAGUUGUAUCCAACCUUUUGGACCAAUUCAAGGUUACGGAAUCCUACGACUCGGGACAAUUCAUUUCCGAGGUGCUUGGAACGCUUAGUUUCAUGUUGGGCAUUGCUCUUGUGGCGCUUAUUGAUUGGUUGGUCGCAAUAUUAUUGUGGAUGUGUGGUAAACUACCUUACAUUCCUUCAAUGCCACCAUUGAUAAACGAAGAUAUUUACCCUCUCGAAGUCUACUACAGCCUAAGGUGGGAGUUUUUAGGAAGACCGAUGCCUCUAGUCCAAGUACCUUCGUCUGAAGAACCUUACUACCACAGUCCAAUCAUGCCUCAAGCAACACGCUCUACCUUCAUGAGUAAGGCACUGCUUGAAUACCCAGUCCUGCGCUCAAAAUACAACAUAGUUGACACAUCUCCGGUCGAUGGGCGAGCUUCAAAGAGAGUACUACCCUCAGCAUCGACCGUUCGCCGUUCAGCAAGUACAAAGUUCCCGCGGCUUAACCAGAGGAAAUCUAGUUUGGUUGUGAUGACGCAAGCAUUGGUUGCAGCAACACAUAAGCAGAGUGAUGAGGAGUUCCUUCAUCAUCAGUUCAGCACCGAGAUGAAAGCCUUCCCUAAACGUGAAAUUCCUACCUUUGAAACGAGGAACAUUCAUAAAAGGUCUUCCUAUCCACUGACUUCAAAGUCUCUCCAUGGUCGCUUCCCGUCCAGGAAGCCCCUUAAAAUGCUUAUGAGCUACCACGGAAUGCCGGCGAAGUGGACUGGUCCAAACAGCACGCGAUCAAACGAGCGGGGCUCGCGUGGCCGAGGCCGCCGUGACCUCGAGCCGCUCGGUCUCCAAGUAACGCUGCCGUCGGACGCGUCAACAAUCGACUGA